AUGUGCGGCCCGCGCCUCGCUCUGCUCUUGCAGGGCGGGCCGCGCGACUACUCUGCGGCGGUGUCCCGCCUCGUGCGCUCGAGCGCGUGGCAGGACGCGCUGGCCCUGGCGCGGGAGCUGCGGCGAAGGCACGCGCGGUGGCGGGGCCGGCUGCUGGACGGGACGUCGUGCGGCGCCGAGGUGGCCGCUUGCAGCAAGGGCUGGCAGUGGUCGGCCGCACUGGCCCUCCUGGAGGAGGGGCGCGCUCUGCGGCUGCGGUGCGGCACCCCUGCCUGCGGCGCAGCCAUGAGCGCCUGCGCCGGGCGCCGCCACUGGCGCCUCGCCCUCAGGCUGCUGGCGGGCAUGCAGGAGGCCGGGCCCGCGCCCGACGUCGUGACCGUGAACAUAGCCGCGUCCGCGUGCGGGCGAGGGCUGCACUGGCGGGGCGCGCUCCGCUUGCUGGCCGGUGCGCAGCGCGCACGCCUGCGGCCGAGCACCACCACGCUGAACGCCAGCAUCAGCGCCUGCGAGGCGUGCGACGAGUGGGCGCAGGCGCUGCGGCUGUUCGAGCGGGCGGCUGCGCAGCGGUUUCGGCGCGACGUCGUGACUUACGGAGCCGCUGUCGCAGCUUGCCGAGGAGGCCACUUGUGGUGGAUCGCGCUGCACCUGAUGUCGCAGCAGCUGCUCCUGCGGCUCGGCCCGGACCUCGUCACCCUGAACUCCGGCCUGGGGGCGCUGUCCGCGGGCCAGCGCUGGGAGCGAGCCCUUCGCGUCGCCGAGGAGAUGCAGCUGAGGCAGCUGCGCCCUAACACCACCACCUGCAACACCCUCAUCAGUGCAUGCGAGCGGGGGCUACAGUGGGUCAGAGCGCUGGCGUUGUACAGGAGCAUGCCCCAGCUCUCCGCGGCACCCGACGCCGUCACCUUUGGCGCCGCGACGACGGCCUGCGAGAGGGGCUCGCAGUGGCAGCUUGGCCUGAGCCUCUUCUCCCAGAUGUGCGCGCGGGGCCUGCGGCCGAACAGGGUCGUGCUCAACGCUUUGGGCACUGCCUGCGGGGCAGGGGGGCAGUGGCACUGGACGCUCCACCUGCUCAAGGAGCAGUUUGAGACUACGACUGGUGGUGACGCAGCGGUGGCCGACGCCUUGGCGGUGACCACCAGCGCCUGCGGGGCGUCCAGCCGUUGGCAGGCGGCGCUGGCUCUGCUCGCGAGGGCCUGCCGCUGCUCGGCGGCGCCUGGCUCGCACGCCCUGCUCGGCGCGCUGCACACGCUGGAGGCCACGGGCGCCGGCGCGCGAGCGCCCGCGCUGCUGGCGCAGGCCGUGGCGGCCUUGGCCGCGCGGCGGGAGCCCCCGGGGCUGGCUGCGCUGGCCGCGGACCAGCUGCGCGCCCGCUGUGCCGGGCGGCCCGCGUUCGCGGCGAGGCGCGCCCUGCGGCGCGGCUUUGUCGGG